UAAUAAAACAUGGCUGUCGAGGAAUUUAGGUUCAAGCUAGCAAAGGCUAAGGACUUGCCUCCAUCUUGGUUCGAAUUAGUUCUAGUGCCAAGAAAAUUUCAAGAGCAUAUCAUAGCUUUGAAUGGCAAUAGAAAACUUGAGCCAUCUGCUCUCUCACUCAUUGUCAUUUUUCUGGAAAAGGCAGGAUGCCUAGAAGGACAGACCUUUUCUGAGGGGGCAGUGAAAAUUUCCCCCGAGAGGAGAGAUGUACUGAUAGACUGUGCUCAUUUUAUGGCCGCUUCUCUUAACUGGAACCUAGCAACACUGGAGAAAGGACUCCCUCCAGCUGCCAUUUAUUCAUUAAUGCUAUCACUAAAGGACAAGUUUCAUUUCCCUUCCUCUAAUUCUCUCUCUGACGUCAGUCCUGGAUCCGACCCUCCGCUUUGUCCUCUUCAUGUUUCAGCGAACCUUUUAUAUCAUCUCUGGAUUGUUAGGUUUUGUUCAAAUUGCGAUCUACUGCCUCCUGCUCAGGGCUUGCUUUGGGAGGGUACAUGUGCUCCAUUGGAGACCAUCAAACAAUUGGUAUUACCACUCGUUGAUGACUCGGUUUCAUUUCUUUUACAAGUUAUUCCUCUUCAUUUUGACUAUCCGCUACCCUCCAUUAGUAUAACAUUGGCCACAUCACUCACUCCUGCCUCUGAUCCACUGGUUGUAAAUUUACCAUCUCCUAUUGAAGCUUUCCCUAGGGAUAAGAUUCAUGCUCAAAUCUUUUUUGAUGUUGGGCAAGUACUAUUUGCACAAGAGAAUUACUCCAAAUCCCUUGAAUGCUUUCAAUCCUGUCAGGAGCUACUACAGUCCAUUUCUUCCUCAUCUUCUCCUUAUCCUUCGGUGGACACUGACCAGUUGAGAGGCUACGUCUCCGCUUGCUCUUCGUUUGACGUGGGUUGGGUCGAUGGGGCGGAGUCAGAGGAGGAGAGACAGGACGAGAGAGUGGGUGUGGUUGUGAUGUGUGAAAAUUUGAGGAAGUCGCCAGAAACAGGACUGUUGGAACUGCCACUAGUUUUUAACUCAAUAUCUAAGCUAUCCGAAGCAUAUAGAACAUGUUUAAGCCUCGAAGUAUCCGAUUGGUCGGAACUGGUUGCCAUGGAGCCUUCAUCAAGCAAGAGAUCUCGUCUUGUUGAAGAGGAAGAGUUUCCUAAUAUAUCGGUUUCCACCCAGUUCAACCUGUGGAAUUUAGUGUGGUCAGUUAUUGAGGGAAAAGGGCUGCAGCCUAUUGCUUUGAAGAACUUGACUUCAUCUCAGAUUGAGGAGAGAGAAUUGACAGGAGCUUUACUUAAUGUGAUUGAGAGGGUCUUGAAGGACAUUGAAGGCUCCUCCAUUGAUCAUGAAUUAGCUUAUCAGAGGCUUAGCCUAUUGACUAGUAGCAUCAAUGUUGAUAGCGAAGACACUUGGAGGAAAUACGAGAGAAUCAAUAGACUGCUCUUUAAGAAUGAGGUUCCUUGCCCUUGUGUUGCUAGUGUGAAGUUGUCUCCUUCUCUUCUCUCUUCAUCCUCUGAUUCUGAUCCUCUCAGUGGACUCAUUCCCAUUCUCCUGUCCUCAGACCCAAACCAAAUGCUUGAGGAUAUGAAGACUCUAUUUGAGAAAGUACCGGAAUCAGAACAUGUCAACAUAGCAAAAUCAUUGAGAGGUGGAGAUAGGGACUACGUUACUGCUGAUCAAGUCAUGAGUAAUUCAUUAGUAGCAGCUCAGUACAAUAUGUUAAUGCAAAAGGCAGAGUCUUGUCUUAAUGAAAGAAAUUUUUCUCUGGCUAAUGAGUUCUAUUCCUCUGCUGCUCAGUUCCUUACACACAACUCUUCCAUUCCCAGUCCACUUCGGCAUAGACUCAUUCCCAUACUCAUGGAGACCAGUCUCAGAAUGAGAAUAAUAUCAGCCUCAAACUCACUUCGGAGCCUCUCCAAUAAACAAGCUUGUGAAAAAUACUCGGCACUGAUUGAUGAGGCAAAGAGCCACUACAGCAACAAUACCAAUCCCAAUAGAGAUCUCUGUAUUACAACAUUAAGUGGUGUUUUCCUCCUAAACCUCCAGCAGUAUAGCUUCCUCAUUCGUUCUGAUCACAUUAACCUUCACGAGAGAAUUUGUCCCAAGUUAGCUGCAGCUGCUCGGUCCAUUCAAGAAGGCCAGGACCUGAGGAGGUGCACCAGAGAAUUAUUUGAAACCAUUUCUAGUGUCUUUACAACUCCUGGUGGUAGAGGAGGAGGAGGAGAUGAGAAACAACAGUUGCAAAGGAAGUAUCUUGAAGUGAUCACAAACAAUUUACAAGAUCUUGUGUCUCUUUCAUAUCUAAUGGCUGCUCUAGCCAGACUGUGGAACAUUGUUAAGAAACCAGAGUUUGACAUCACAAUUGAAUACACAGGAUACUGGCCAACAGCCAUAGGACACACUAAUAGUAUCAAUGUUGAUGCUGUGUUGAGACUGUUGGAGGGUCUUGUCUCCUACUCCCUUCGUCUGCUUCCCUCAUACUCUUCGUGGCUCAUCAUUCAGGGAGACAUCUUUUUAACCACAGGCGAUUAUAACAAUGCAAUCAAGUGUUACUUGGAAGCUGGGGCACAAGAAUCGGAUUAUUUUGAUGUUGAAGUACCAGAAUCAGUCUGGAACAAACAGGUUUACAAUAGGCUCAUAGUCUGCUGCUUAAAACUAAAUUAUCAAAGCCACGCUUUAAUAUUUUGUCAAUUUUUUGAUCCUCCUAACUACUCCUUCACUUUCUCGCUAUUAAAAGAGAAUAUCCAGCAGUUACUAGAAGACAUGUUUGAGUAUCUCUGGGACAUGUCAAUAAUUGAAUAUCUCAUUUACUCACUUGGUAAAGUUGGAGAUACAAUAAAGCAAAGAGCAGCUGUCCAAAUUUCAAGCCAGUCUGAGCUUAACACAAAUAACCAUAAAGAAAUACUCUGUCAAACUAGGACUAUUCGCAAGAGAACAUUCCUUAGGAUUUUCUAUCAAAGCAUCAAUAAUAUGUCACAAUAAAAUUUCACACAUGCAUGUACAUAAGCUAUGAGUAGUUGAAUGGUUUUUUCUGAUUGAAGUGAGCCUUAAUUUCAUCAAAA